AUGCCUGCCCAUGCAUCCAUGCCCGUGCCUCCCCGCCCAUGGAACCCCCCUCCUUCCUCCACGUCAUCUCCUCCUAUGGUCACGCCUGCAGUAAACGGCUCCUCUGCAGGGCCGCCAGCUGUCGCGCUGUCCUCCCCUGCGCCUGUCGCCCCCUCCGUGCCUGAUGCCCCUGUGCACCUGCCUCGCCCCUUCAGACCCCUGCCAACUGCACCCGCUGCUGCUGCUGCUGCUGCUGCUGCUGCUGCUGCUGCCCUUGCUCCUCGUGCUGCUACGGCUGGUGGUGCUUCUGCGGCUGCGGCUGCUGCAGUUGCUGCUUCUGACUGCCCUCCUCAUGGAAGCCGGCAUGGCUCCCUGACCCACACUCUGCCCGCUUCACCCUCUCCAGUGCCCCCACACUCGCACACACACUCACAUGCACCUUCUCACUCACACGCACCUUCUCACUCACACGCACCUUCUCACUCACACGCACCCUCUCCCUCACAUGCCUGUGUGCACUCGCAACAACAGCAGCCGUACCACUCGCAGCCGCUGCACGCACAUUCUAUCUCCACAGCAGCAGCAGCAGUUGCUGCAGCAAGGAAAUUCCCUGCCGGCCUGACUGGUUGCGCCAGGGACUUGCCUCGUGGAACGGGCAGUGGAGUGGGCAGCUCAGGCGCAUCUGCAGCAGCAGAAGCUGCAACCGCAACAGCAACCGCAACAGCAACAGCAACAGAAGCAGCAGCAGCAGCAGCAGACGAGGGCGCUGCAUUGCUAUGUGCGGACGAGAUCCAUCCGGGGGAAGACGACGACGAGGAUGAGGAGGAGGACGAGGACGAGAAGAAGGAGGACGGGCAGUAUACAGGGGAAGGCGAGAGGAACGGUAUGAAUCUCUACGUGCCUUCUGUUGCUGGGUCCCCGCAUGUGUCCACUGCUGCUGCUGCUGGCUAUGGCAGCGGUAUCAGUGGCGGCAGUGGCACUGGAACAGCUUGCGAGUCUGCCUCUGCUGCUGCGGCGGCGGCUUGUGUUGGGAAUGCAAGUGGGGCUGGAGGGGUGGAUGAGGCAGCGGACAGGAAUGGGGGGCGGAGAGUGCUGAGGAUGAAGUGGGAGGCUGUCACUGUGGCAAAGCCCACUGCUUCCCGUCCAUCUGCCUCCUCCUCUCCACCCUUCCCCCUCCGCCCCUCAUACCCUUGGUCUGUUUCCACUGCCCCCGCCGCCCCUGCCCCCGCUGCCCCCGCUGCCCCCGCUGCACCCGCUGCCCCCACUUCUCAUCAUGCCGCCAUGCUGCCUGCCUCGCACGCGCCUGCCAAGCCUCCUGCUCUACCUCUCAUGGCCCCACACACCCCGUCCGUGCACCCACACACCCCCUCAGUGCUCCCUCACACUCCCCUCUCGACGCCUCACACCCCUGUCCGUCCCUCGUCUCUCUCCUCCUCGUCCUAUCCUCCCUCGGCCUCAUCGGCAGCAAUGGUGCCCCCCCAGUCUCUGCAGUCAUCCGACCAUCAAGCAUCUGCAUCUGCAUCUGCCUUGGCAGGCAUGGCACCCAUGGGUGGGAGUGCAGCAGCACCCAUAGCAGUUUCCUCUGCAUGGCGGCUGCCUCAGAGUGCGUUUUCUCUGGCCUCUUCCAGUCAUCCCGAGCCUCCUGUUCUGGUUCGUCUCCCGCCCUCAGCCAUGGCGAUGGGUAUUGACAGAUCAGCAUCGGCAGGCACGAAUGAUCAAGGAAAGCAGCAGCAGCAGCAGCAGCAGCAGCAGCAGCAGCAGCAGCAGCAGCAGCAGCAGCAGCAGCAGCAGCAGCAGCAGCAGCAGGUGUUGCUGGGUGACAGGCGCAAAGCAGCAAGAAGCCGGAGUGCCUAUGCCAUGCUUGCUCCUGCACCAUCUGUCCUGGCUCUCCCCCUUCCCGCCCUCCAUCGUCAUGCGAUUUAUCCCGCCGCGCCUUUUUUUUCCUGCUUCUCCUCCGCGCGCGUCGUCGCGCGCCACCAGAACGUGGCGCUGCGGUCGUCGCCGUCGCAGUCGCACGCGGAAUCGCAGCGGGGGGAGGAGAUGGGCGCGCUGCUGCACCAGGUGCGCGCGCCUUGGGGGGAAAGAGGGGGAGGGGGAGAAGGGGAGAAGGGGGGAAAGGGAGGGGAGGAAAGAGGGAGGGGGGAGGGGGAGAUGGGGAGAAGGGGGGAAGGGGAGGGGAGGAAAGAGGGAGGGGGAAGGGGGGGGAAUAGAGAGGGAGAAAGGGAACAGCUGAUUAUUGACAAGUGGGUGGAGUUCUCACAGAUCAACGCUGCAUUUACCCGUGCGGACCGCUUGCAACAGAAGCUGCAACUGAACUACCUGCCAACAACCCUACAGAGUCCUCUUACUCACCCACUCCGUCCUCCUCCCUCCCCCCUCCUCCCUCCCCCUCCUCCCUCCGUCCAAAGCUCCUUCCCCCAGGCCCUUCCUCUCCCUCUCCUGUUCCACCUCUCUUAUUUCUCGCCUCUCGCCACAUGCACGUGGAAACUCACGAGUCGGCCGCUCAAAUCCCACGCAUCUCCCGAGCCUGCUAUCCCCUCCCCCCUUUCCAUGUCGCCCUCUCACCCACCUUCCCCCCUUCCUCACUCACCCGCCCCCACUUCCCUUCUCCCUUGCCAAUCCCGCCGUCCAUGCAGGGGGGCAGCGGGGGUGCCGGGGGGUGGUGGGACUGCGAGGGAGGUGGCGGCGGUGCGCGUGGAGAGCAGCAGGCAGCAGGUGCAGGCGCUGAAGCAGGCCAUUCAUCUGGUGAGCGCGCGCUCGCACCUCUCAUGA